GACGGCCAAGAGCGACGCCGCCGGUGCCCAACGGUCGGUGUCCCCGGCUGAGGCAGCGCGGCCGCAGCAGCCCCGUUUGAUCUGUGGAUGAAAUGAAUCAUGAUUUUCAAGCUCUUGCACUAGAAUCUCGGGGAAUGGGAGAGAUGCAGAAAAAGAGUCCAGUCACUCCUUUGGGCCACAAGAGGGCACCCUGCAGCUAGCUAACCCUCCCUUUCUUCAGAACAGCGUUUUCCAAAGAGUUUGUCAUUUUCAGAGGACUGAUUUAAGGGCAGCAGGGAACCUUCUGGGAUUUCCUUCUUUGCCUGUCUCUCUCUCACCAGUCUUCUCCUUUCCUGACAGCUUUUGCCUACCAAAAAGUUUUGGGAACCUGAUGAUUCAACAAAAGAUGGACAAAAAGGCAUAUUUCUUGGGGAUGAUGAAUGGAGAGAGACUGCAUGGGGAACUUCUCAUCAUUCAAUGUCCCAGCCUAUUAUGGUACAGAGAAGAUCUGGACAGGGUUUUCAUGGAAACAGUGAAGUAAAUGCAAUACUGUCUCCGCGAUCAGAAAGUGGAGGCCUUGGCGUGAGCAUGGUAGAAUAUGUAUUAAGUUCUUCUCCUGCUGAUAAAUUGGAUUCUCGUUUUAGGAAAGGAACUUUUGGCACUAGAGAUGCUGAAACAGAUGGACCUGAGAAAGGAGAUCAAAAAGGCAAGGCUUCUCCAUUUGAGGAGGACCAAAACAGAGAUCUUAAACAAGGAGAUGAUGAUGAUUCUAAAAUAAAUGGCAGAAGUUUGCCAAAUGGAAUGGAUGCCGAUUGCAAAGAUUUUAAUCGUACUCCUGGAAGUCGUCAAGCCUCUCCAACUGAAGUAGUUGAGCGCCUUGGCCCCAAUACUAAUCCCCAAGAAGGAUUGGGUCCUCUUCCUAAUCCUACAGCUAAUAAGCCACUUGUUGAAGAAUUUUCAAAUCCUGAAACUCAGAAUCUGGAUGCCAUGGAACAAGUUGGUCUGGAUUCCUUACAGUUCGACUAUCCUGGUAACCAGGUACCCAUGGACUCUUCAGGAGCUACUGUAGGCCUCUUCGAGUACAAUUCCCAGCAGCAGCUCUUUCAGAGGACUAAUGCAUUAACAGUUCAGCAGUUAACUGCAGCUCAACAGCAGCAAUAUGCAUUAGCAGCAGCUCAGCAGCCACAUAUCGCUGGUGUAUUCUCAGCAGGCCUUGCUCCAGCUGCAUUUGUGCCAAAUCCAUAUAUUAUUAGUGCUGCUCCUCCAGGGACUGAUCCAUAUACUGCAGCAGGAUUGGCUGCAGCAGCAACAUUAGCAGGUCCAGCUGUGGUUCCACCUCAGUAUUAUGGUGUUCCAUGGGGGGUGUAUCCAGCCAACUUAUUUCAGCAACAAGCUGCAGCUGCAGCAAACAAUACAGCCAAUCAGCAAGCAGCCUCACAAGCUCAGCCUGGACAGCAACAGGUUCUUCGUGCUGGAGCAGGUCAGCGUCCUCUUACUCCCAAUCAGGGUCAACAAGGGCAGCAAGCAGAAUCACUUGCAGCAGCUGCAAAUCCAACUUUGGCAUUUGGUCAGGGUCUUGCUACAGGCAUGCCAGGAUAUCAAGUACUAGCUCCAACUGCCUAUUAUGAUCAGACCGGUGCCUUAGUGGUUGGCCCUGGAGCAAGAACUGGCCUUGGAGCUCCAGUUCGAUUAAUGGCUCCAACACCUGUUUUAAUUAGUUCAGCAGCAGCACAGGCUGCAGCAGCAGCAGCAGCUGGAGGAACUGCAAAUAGUCUUACAGGCAGUACAAAUGGUCUGUUUCGGCCAAUUGGCACUCAGCCACCUCAGCAGCAGCAGCAACAGCAGCCAAGCACUAAUCUGCAGUCUAAUUCGUUUUAUGGGAGCAGUUCUUUGAGUAAUAGCUCCCAGAGCAGUUCUUUAUUUUCUCAUGGACCUGGUCAACCUGGAAGUACAUCUCUUGGAUUUGGAAGUGGUAGUUCUUUGGGUGCUGCUAUAGGCUCAGCCCUCAGUGGAUUUGGUUCAUCAGUUGGCAGUUCUGCAAGUAGUAGUGCCACAAGGAGAGAGUCUCUAUCUACUAGCUCUGACUUGUACAAAAGAUCUAGUAGCAGCCUAGCACCCAUAGGGCAACCAUUUUACAAUAGUCUGGGAUUUUCCUCCUCUCCAAGUCCAAUAGGCAUGCCUCUGCCAAGCCAAACUCCAGGACAUUCACUUACGCCACCGCCAUCACUUUCAUCACAUGGAUCCUCAUCCAGUUUGCAUUUAGGAGGACUGACAAAUGGUAGUGGUCGAUAUAUCUCUGCAGCACCUGGAGCAGAAGCAAAAUAUCGAAGUGCUUCAAGCACUUCCAGUCUAUUUAGCUCCAGCAGCCAGCUCUUUCCUCCUUCUCGGCUUCGGUAUAAUAGGUCUGAUAUUAUGCCCUCUGGCCGCAGUAGAUUAUUGGAAGAUUUCAGAAACAACCGCUUCCCAAACCUUCAACUUAGAGACUUGAUUGGACAUAUAGUUGAGUUUUCUCAAGACCAGCAUGGUUCUAGGUUUAUACAGCAAAAGUUAGAGAGAGCUACUCCAGCCGAGCGACAGAUGGUAUUUAAUGAAAUUUUACAGGCGGCUUAUCAAUUAAUGACUGAUGUUUUUGGCAACUACGUUAUACAGAAGUUUUUUGAGUUUGGGAGUUUGGAUCAAAAAUUAGCCUUGGCUACUCGUAUUCGUGGUCAUGUUCUGCCUUUAGCCUUACAGAUGUAUGGCUGCCGUGUUAUUCAAAAAGCAUUAGAGUCUAUUUCUUCUGACCAGCAGGUAAUUAGUGAAAUGGUAAAGGAGCUAGAUGGUCAUGUACUCAAAUGUGUGAAAGAUCAGAAUGGAAACCACGUUGUACAAAAAUGUAUUGAAUGUGUUCAGCCACAGUCACUGCAGUUCAUCAUUGAUGCUUUCAAAGGACAAGUAUUUGUGCUCUCCACCCAUCCUUACGGCUGCAGAGUGAUUCAGCGUAUUCUAGAGCAUUGUACUGCAGAACAGACCUUACCCAUCUUGGAAGAACUUCACCAACAUACAGAGCAGUUAGUACAGGAUCAGUAUGGCAAUUAUGUUAUUCAGCAUGUACUGGAACAUGGUCGACCUGAAGACAAGAGCAAAAUUGUUUCUGAAAUCAGAGGAAAGGUGUUAGCUCUGAGUCAACACAAAUUUGCCAGCAAUGUGGUAGAAAAGUGUGUUACUCAUGCCUCCCGUGCUGAGAGAGCUUUACUGAUUGAUGAAGUUUGCUGCCAGAAUGAUGGUCCUCACAGUGCCUUAUACACCAUGAUGAAGGAUCAGUAUGCCAAUUAUGUGGUUCAGAAGAUGAUUGAUAUGGCUGAACCUGCUCAGAGAAAGAUAAUCAUGCACAAGAUUCGACCUCACAUUACUACUUUGCGCAAAUACACAUAUGGAAAGCAUAUACUGGCCAAGUUGGAAAAAUAUUAUUUGAAAAAUAGCCCAGAUCUAGGGCCUAUUGGAGGACCACCAAAUGGAAUGCUGUAAAGGAAAAAAGAAGGAAGAUGAUUUAACCAUGUGAGAAGAAUAUUUCUUUUGUGAAUUAUCAAAACACAACUCAACUAUGAAUCUUCAAUUUUUUUUAAUGCAAAAGUAUUUAUUGACUUUAUUCAUCCAUUUGUAAAUUUUUUAAGGUUCUUGUGUAUAUUUGGGGGGUGGGGGUGGUGAAUUAUAAAUUAUAUUCAGCCCUGAAUGGAGACCUAUCAGAUUGGAUUGCUGGCAAAGCACAGAAUGCCUGUAUAUGAUGUAACUGUAUCAAAAAAAAAAAAAAGUUGUCACAUAUUUUGUAAAUUUUUAUCUUGUAAAGUCACAAAAAUAGUUUUUAAAGGAAAAAGUACAGUAUU